UGUAAGUUUCCAUCUUCAAGCCUCCGCUAGCUCCAUGAAAACUCAAACAGCCCCAACUUCAUCUUUAAUUUCUAGUUCUUUGCCUCAAUGGAGACACGAUGUUUUCCUCAGUUUCUAUGGCAAGGAUACCCGCAAUAAUUUUACGGCUCAUCUUUAUACUACUUUGAAAGAUAAAAGUAUUUUCGCCUUCAGAGACGACGAAAAGCUAGAGCGAGGAAGAUGUAUAGCUCCAGUUCUCUUGAAAGCAAUUGAAGAGUCUAAGUAUGCAAUCGUCGUUCUCUCACGGAAUUAUGCUUUUUCGAGCUGGUGCUUGCUUGAACUUGCCAAGAUUGUUGAAUGCAUGGAAACGACGGGGCUGACAGUCCUUCCGAUUUUCUACCAUGUGAGUCCCUCUCACGUACGAGACCAGACAUAUAGUUUUGCAGAAGCUUUUGCUGAACAUGAAAAAGAUCCCAAGAUUGUCAAAGAGGAUGUGCAGACCUGGAAAACUGCUUUGAGGAAAGUGGGCAAUAUUUCCGGAUGGGAUUUACGCGGAGAUAGGGACGAGUCAAAAGCUAUUCAAGACAUUGUCGGAAAGAUACUCAGUAAAUUAAACUCUAUAGUCUCAACUAGUUGUGUCUCCAAGGACCUUAUUGGAAUAGCCUCUCGCGUAAAGGAAUUGGAGUGCUUGUGCUUAAAUAACAGGCCAGAUGAUGAUGUUCACUUUGUAGGGAUCUGGGGGAUGGGUGGUAUCGGUAAGACCACUCUUGCACGUGCUUUUUAUGACAGAUUUUCCAGUCAAUUUGAAGCCAGUAGUUUUAUUGCCAAUGUCAGAGAAAGAACUGGAAAAGAUGGUCUGAUUCCUUUACAAAACGAACUUCUUUCUCAUAUCUUGAUGGAAAGAAAUAUUGAUAUUAAGGACGUUGACAGGGGAAAGAAUACGAUAAGUCUUAGACUGUGUUAUAAAAAGGUUCUUGUCAUUCUCGAUGAUGUGGAUAAAUCCGAACAAUUAGAAGCAUUAGCAAAUGAGCGGAAUUGGUUCGGUCCAGGAAGUAGUAUCAUUAUAACAACAAGAAAUGAGCGUCUGUUGAUAGAACAUGGACUGACCAAAACUGAAAUAUAUAGGGCUAAAGGAUUGGAUAAUGAUGAAGCUCUCCAACUCUUUAGCUGGAAAGCCUUCAAGAAAGAACUCCCUCCAGAAGAUUUUGUGGGAUUGUCCAAGCAGAUUAUACAUUAUGCUAAAGGCCAUCCUUUAGCUCUUAAAGUUCUGGGUUCAUUCUUGUUUGAGAGAGAGGUAGAUUUUUGGGAAUCUGCUGUGAGUAGACUAAAAGCAAACCCUGAUGGAAAAAUCAUGGACACACUUAAAAUAAGUUUUGAUGGGCUGGAGGAAAAAGAGCGAAACCUUUUUCUAGAUAUUGCAUGUUUCUACAAAGGGGAGGAUCGUUAUCAUGUGAAGAGUAUAUUAGAAAGAUUUGAUUACGACCCAAACAUCGGCAUAGACGUUCUGAUCAGUAAGUCUCUUAUAACUGAGUCGGGGACGAAAUUGUGGAUGCAUGAUCUACUCGAAGAUAUGGGUCGGGAAAUUGUUCGGCUUGAAUCUCCUGAAGAUCCUGGCCGACGAAGUCGGUUGUGGCAUGAUGAGGAUAUCCUGCGAGUGCUGAAGAGUAACAGUGGAACAAAAAGAAUUCAAGGCAUAGUCCUAAACUCUCCUCCACAAGAAGAAUUACACUUGAAUUCUGAUGUCUUCUCGAAGCUGAAGAGCUUAAGAUUGCUCAAUAUCAGAGGUAAUGUGCACCUUUCUCAAGACCUUAGUUAUCUUUCUACAGAGUUGCGGGAUAUGGCGUGGCAUGGAUAUCCUUUAAAAUCUUGGCCACCGGGUUUCCCGCCUGAUAAACUCGUUGAACUCAAUAUGUGUUGCAGCCACAUUGGGCAACCAUGGCAGGGAAUUAAGAGUUUGCACAAGCUAAAACUCGUUAACCUUAGUAACUCUCGAUACUUGAUGGAGACCCCGGACUUCACAGGAGCCCCAAAUCUUGAGAGGCUGAUUCUUCGAGGAUGUACAAAAUUGCUUAAGCUCCACUCAUCGGUUGGAGAUCUCAGACGCCUUAUUGUUCUGAAUUUGAAAUAUUGUACAUCCCUCAGAAGUCUUCCAUGUUACAUUAGUUGGGAUUUCCUUGAAGAAUUGAUUCUUUCUGGGUGUUCCAGACUCGAGAAGCUUCCAGAAAGUGUGGGAAAUCUGAAACGUUUGUCUCAACUUCAUUUGGAUGGUUGCUGUAAACUUGAUAAAAUGCCAGAGGACCUAGGGAAUGUGGAGCGUCUGGAAGAGCUUGAUAUAAGUGGAACUGCUAUAAGGCAAGUACCAUCCUCCUUUUUACGUCUGCAGAACCUUAAAAUGCUAAACUGCCAAGAAUGUUCUGGUCUGCCAGCUCAAUCGCUACUCGGCCUACUCUUCGGUUGUUUCUUGCCGAGUUGCGACAUUGGCUUUGUGUUGCCUGAUUCGUUCUCAGGUUUACGCUGCUUGAACAAAUUAAACUUGAGUUUUUGCCAUUUAGAAGAUGGAGCAAUUCCCAGUGACCUAAGUGGAUUGUCAUCAUUGCUAGCUCUAGAUCUAAGUGGAAACGAUUUCACGCUCUUACCCGAAAGCAUCUCUCAACUUCCGAAGCUUAGAGUUCUUUUCUUGAGACGCUGUAUCUGGCUUCGGUCUUUGCCAGAACUUCCGUCAAAUAUAGUAAAUGUUGCUGCUGAAGAUUGUAUCUCAUUGAAAGAAUAUUCUAAUGAAAUUAGUGGUAUAAUUUCAGACGAAUCAGGACUGUCUCAUGUUGAUUUUAAAAAAAAUGGAACGGCUCUUGUUGUGACCGGUAAGCUACGCCGGCAAUCGAAACACAGCAUUAUGAGUGGGACGUUUUCGUUACCAGCUGCACAAGGAAAACUAAUGAAUGAAAGAACCAUUAAGGCAAACAUUGAUCUUGCCAGAGUCAUCGGGGGUGGUUCAAGAGGAGUAGGAAUUCCAAUGUGGUUCCAGAACCAAAGAAUGGGUUCCUCGAUUACAAUCCGGUUGCAUCAGGAUAUGGAUGAUAGUAGAAAGUGGUUGGGAUGUGCUCUUUAUUUUGUCUUUGAAAUCUAUGACCUUGAAAGUUGGGAGUCAACAGAUCAAGAAGAUUACGAACAGCAUGUGUUUCAUUUUGACACUGAUGAAGGUCCGCUAAAAGAACCCCUAGAGAAAACUUUCCCUAAAUGCCCCUUUGAUACGCCAGCAGGAUAUUGGAUAUACGUACCACGAAUAUGGUUUGAGGAAAGGUCAAAUCAUGAGGUGGAUACAUUAAGUUACAUUGAGGUUUCAAUUACGAUUGACAGUCGAUUGACUCGAUUCGUGAAGGUGAAAAUGUGCGGGGCUCGUCUAGUAUACGAGCAAAAUGCCCACGAGUUUAUCGAUGCAGUUCAAACCCCUAAGAAAAUGACUCUCGAAGACAUUUGCGAUGGAAAGGGGUAUUUAAAAUUCCAGAGCACUCCACGAAGUGGUUCCUUAAUGUCCUUUCUAGGCCAGUUGCUGCCACAGAAUGUUGGUGAAGUUGAAUCUAGUGGGUCCAAUCUAUUGGAUAAAGAUUUUACCUCAAAUCAAAUGUUAGAAUGCACCUCAAAGAACUCAAUUAGUUCCACUAGCAAUAUUCCUAUAUCUACCGAGACCCGAAGCUGCAUUGACAGUACUGACUCGACCAUCCGUCUGAAAAGAGAUCUUCAAUCCUUGCUUCUCAGAUGCUAUGAGGUAAACUAUGCAAAAAGCAACAUGCACAAGUAUGUUUUUCCUCUAAGUGCAUCCCCGCUAUGGUUCACACAUCAUGGCAUCAUGGGUAUGGGGCCAGUAGUUAGUGUCGACAAGGGGUGGGUGGGAUUUGCCUCCGAAUUUAUAUGAUGACAAGGGGUGGGUGGG